GAACAAGAUGGCGACGAAGGUGAAGGACGCGUUGCCGGUCUCGUCCUGUACAAAACAAAAUGGGGGUGCAUCGAGGCGAGGGCGUCAGGCCCAGGGCACCCUAAUAAAGAUGGCGCUGUUGAAGAUAUUGCUUCUUCCUGCUACCAGUAUAUGGCGCGAGAAUCGAGGACGCCAUCAUAUACGAAGUUUUUGAAAUUCACCGUUUUUACAUCUCAAAAUUUGUACUUCUUCAUUGCUGCAUAGUGCAUUAAAUCAGGCUUACAAAUCGUAUCGAUGUAUAGAAAGGGAUGGAAGAUGGAGCUUGAGGAGGGAAAAGGACAACUACAGAGAGAAGAAAUCAGGCAAAAAAGGCGAAAGACAGAGAUAGAAUAAAAAGAAGAAAGAUUGACGAAGAGCACGAAGGGCAAGAAAUUAAUUGGAAUAACCUUGUUUAUUGGUAUGGGAACAUGUAUUUAAAGGUAUACUUGUGAUGAGGUUAAUAUGAAAUUUUAAUGACGAAUAUAUAUAUUAAUAUAAUGGAUAUUACUUUACACGAACAGACUGAGAAAAAGAAAAAAGAUCAAAGCAUAUAUAUAUAUAUAUAUAGUCUAGAUUCACUGCUGCCAAAGUAUCAGAAGGUUGUUGUUCUACUUUUGUAAAAUGUAUCCGUCGAAAUGAAAAAUUGAGAAUUACAUUAUUCUCCGUAUACGAGGUAUAUCCGUGAAAGUAAGGAAGGAAUGCAAUUAAAUUUGAAGAAUAUCGACGAAGAUUCGUGUACGAUGGGAUGCUCGAAGGAGAAAGUAGAAAGAGCCGGUGUUUGGUCAGCCAGAGAGGCGUAGAAUGGAGCAAAACGUAGGACAGAACGUACAUGGGGUGUAGAAGGAAGAGUGGGCAAGGGAGGGUGUUAGUCACUAGAGAACAGGUAUCCGCCGUAGGCGUCGUACGUUCAUUGAUAAGCGUAUAACGCCCCGUGCCUUAGACUCGUGACGUCACUCAAUCGCACAGACGCCUGCGCUUCUAUCAGGGCCGUGCCUAUCGUACGGUUCUUGCCCCUAAAUUUCUUUUUUUUUCUACGUCUCUUCGACUACGUAAGUCAGUUCCGAGUACUUCGCGCAGAGUAAACCAAUAAUUGGAUACCAAAUAUAGAUACCGGCAAUUUUCUGUCGGCUGUAUCGCUCUGUUGUACGUUCAUUUACGAUCCCCAGGUACGGUCACGAAUAUCGUGUUGGAUCACAAGGGUGAAAAGAGGGGAGAAGAUAGAAAGAGAAAGUCUGGUUAAUUGACAGAUCACAAAGUCCUCCGUGUAGACGAUUGUUUCAUUGAAAGGCUAACACGGAAUGAGAGAAAAUUAUAGAUGGAAUAGCGGAGCAAGGGAAAGAAAAUAGACGCAGAGGGGUGGAGUGUAGAUGGACAUAGGCACACUGGCAGCCCUGCCGCCUGCCUUCCACGGCCGAGCAGAUCUUGGGGCUUGUACGGGAUGAUAGCCGAGUGAAAAAGCUCGCGGAGUCCCGUGAAAUUCGCUCAUCAGCAGCAGCAGCCCUGGCCUGCCACAAUCCCUUCGACUCGGUUAUCGUAAGUGUCGUGCAACCCCGUGAAAGAAACGAAAGCGAGACAGAGACCGUGAUUAACAAAAACGGAACGAAAGAUUGUGUAAGAUCGUAUGAUAGAAAAGGAAAGGUUUGUUAGUUUCGACUGAGGAAAGAAGUAACCGGGGAGCGUGAGAGGGUGAGAAAGCGAAUGAGCGGAAGGGUAUGCCUGGGUAAUGUGUCUGCGCGUGAGAGAAAUGAGAAGAAAGAAAUCUAUCGCUCUAGUACACGUUGCAAGUGUUCAACCUGUAAAAAGUGUCGGAACAGAAGGUUUCCCUCGAGGAUUGACAAAUGUCACUGGAAAAUUUCACCCUUCGGUGUAAGUGCUGUGGUGUUGGAGGUGGCGCUUCCACGGCACCUCAGGCUCCGCAGCUGCAGGAUACCGGAUCUGCUGUCGGGACUACCACCUCCACGAAUACCACCAUCAUGCAGGACCCGGUACUUGAGUCUAUCCUCGAGCAAAUGCGUGAAACGGAGGCCCGAAAAGCGGACCUGGAACGGCAACAUGCAGAAACACAGAAUCAGCUACACGAAAAGAUAGCAGGCCGAUAUCAGGGUCCAGAAUCUGUCGAGGCACUGCAGUCGAAGAUAAGGGAACUCGAGAAGAAGACGGAACUGCAGAUGGUCAGACACGAGGAAUUAUCUCUGGAGUUGACGAGCUUGAGAAGAGCGCGUAGCAGAGGGCCGAUGGUGGGUCAUUCGACGGUUCCGACUACUUGGCCUCCGGCUGGUUCGGAAAUCGACAGAAUAAUAGCGAAAAUAGAACAAGAUAAAAGCGCUAGCAGGAUGGUACACGAUUUGGAGCAUGCACGAGCAACCAUAACCACGCAACAACCCUUAGUUUCGCAGGGUAUUUUGCGAUCAAGCUCGGAGAAUCUUCCGAAUCUCGGUCAACAUCAACAUCCACCCCAUCCGCAUGCUUUGAGCCUGGGAAUACCGACUCAAAUGAGUCACUACGCAGGUUCACCGAUGCCCCUGACUCCGAUGAUGCCCGGUUGUCCACCGUUAACCCCUAACGGACCUCCGUAUCACUACAGCGAACCAAUUCCACCGGCACCGUCACUUUCUACCAGCCAGUCGCAGCCAGUUUUCCAACAAAAGAUCCAACAGUACCAGCAGCCCCAAGUAACUCACACGGAGUUGCCGAGCUCUCAUUCUCAAACCGCUCUGCAAACGCAGCAGAAGCAACAACAAACGCACACCCAUUUCACGGGCAGUCAGUACCAGGAGAGUUAUCCUCAUACGCAAACCUAUCAACAGCCGCUCCAGCAGCAACAACCGCAACCGCAGCAACAUCCGGCCUCUACAACGUACCUGACAUCGUCGAGUCAAAGCGUGAUACCUCAUUACACGCAGCCCGCUCAGACCGCCCAAAGUUUUCAAUUGAACGGAAGUCAACAGGCAACGACGUAUCCAAGUUUAUCCAUUACGUCCCAUCCAAACGGAACCUACAGUACAGGAGCGGGUAGCAGCUACUCCAGUCAACUGUCUCAUCAUAAUUACUCUGUACCGCAAACUAGUAUCCCUCAAACGACACUGUCGUCGUUGCCACCCUAUUCGACUAGCUCCUAUCAUUCUACCUUGGGCCCUCUAACUAGCGUACCCCAAACCGUUCUUCCUUUCUCGAACGUGCAGAGCUGUUUUGCCACUAGUGGAUCGACUUACUCGACCGUCGGGACCAAUGCUUUUGGGACGUCUGGCGUGGGCUCAGGUACAACAUCGACAGGCUUGUUGCAAGCGAUAAGCGAUCCUCUCCAAGCGAUGCAACAAUUAUCCGCGCAGUCUCAAGCGAAUCAACUUCAACAGCAGGCAAUCAUACAACAGAUUCAGCAAAGUUUACGCGCCACCUCGCCAACAGCAACGGCAACGACCGGUCAUCAUUUUCUUGGUCCAAGGCAGAUGCCAAAAAUACCGAGUAGUAUACUAUCGAAUCCCUUGGAUCGACUGACCAAUGACAAUAUCGUACCCGAGGGUCAAGUGGACAUGCUGGACAUACCCGGGAAGGGAAGAUGUUACGUUUAUAUAGCACGUUUCACUUACGAGCCGUUUCAACACUCGCCGAACGAGAACCCGGAAGCCGAGCUGCCUGUCCAGGGUGGCGAUUAUCUUCUCGUCUGGGGACAACCGGACGAGGAUGGUUUCCUCGACGCUGAGACCCUCGACGGUAGACGAGGCCUCGUUCCGGCUAAUUUCGUACAGAAACUCGUCGGCGACGAUCUACUCGAGUUUCAUCAAGCUGUACUUGGCCUCAGGGACGUCGACGACUCAGCAUCAACAAAUAUCCCCCAAGUGAGCAACUGCUAUCUGCAGGACAUCGAUCUUGAAUUAGCAGCUCUGGAAGAAGGAAACCGGAAUCGACAGGCGGAACUGUCCGCGUACGCGGAAUUGGAUAACAUCGCUGAGGAAGACGAACAGGAGCCACCAGAAGUCUACCUGUUUUCGGACCUAGUUCCGGCGCCGCAGCACCUGACGCUCGAGCGGCAGCUGAACAAGAGCGUCCUAAUCGGUUGGACGGCGCCAGAGAACACUCAUCAGUUGGAAUCUUAUCACGUCUACGUGGACGGGGUGCUGAAGGUUACCGUGAAAGCAACCGAGAGGACCAGGGCGUUGGUCGAAGGGGUUGAUUCUACCAGGCCGCACAGAAUAAGCGUGCGUUCAGUGACACACUCGAGGAGAACGUCGCGCGAUGCGGCAUGCACGAUGGUGAUCGGUAAGGACGUCGCAUUGGGUCCAACAGCGGUGAAGGCAUCGAACGUAACCGCGACCAGUGCUGUCAUAUCCUGGAUGCCAAGUAACAGCAAUCAUCAGCACGUGGUCUGCGUGAACAAUGUGGAAGUACGAACAGUGAAGCCUGGAGUUUAUAGGCAUACGAUCACCGGCCUUGCACCCUCGACGAUCUACAGGGUGACAGUGAAAGCGAAGAACCUUAGAGCGACGCAUUUCGAGGACCAAAACACUCAAGCGGCUAAUAAUUUAGCUUGUCACGUCCACUUUAAAACGUUACCCAAGGGACUACCCGAUCCUCCGGUCGAUAUCCAGGUGGAGGCUGGACCGCAGGACGGCACUUUGCUAGUGACCUGGCAGCCUGUUGCCCUAAACGGUUCGGCCGUCACCGGUUACGCGGUGUACGCCGAUGGGAAAAAGGUCACGGACGUAGACAGCCCCACCGGUGACCACGCUCUUGUCGACAUACACAAGCUUAUGGGACUGAAUCCGAAACACAUCACGGUUAGAACCAAAAGCAGGGAAAGUCAGUCGGGCGAUAGUUGCGCCACUGCUAUUCCCUGUAGCGUUCUUCGCGGUGGGACCACGACCCAUUUGCAGCAUGGUUCGACGCACAUGCAAGAUCAAGGACAGCAACAGCCGGGCAUGGGACAACAGGACCCGCAUCGCAUGACUGGGGUAGAUCAGAGAUACCCAACGGCUCCUGUACCUUCUCAUAUGAGGAGACACGGUGUCACCAGGGUCGACGCUCACGGCCAAGUGAUCAUCGAAACGGACGAAAAUUUGUCUGACAAAGAAAUUUAUCCUGGACAGAGCAUGUCCCAGAUGGGGGUUCCAGAGAUCACCAAGGAUUCCGCCAGCGAAGCGAAUUACAGCGAAGAAGACGAUCCAUCCCGUAGAUGUAGAGGGAUGCCGAUGCAUUACGGCGAACAACAUCGGUACGGACAAAUGGGACAGCAAGGUCUUCCAGGGACGCAUAGAUCCGGAAGAAUGUCUGGGCCCGGUGGUAGACCACAAGAUCCUUAUUACGAUCAAUCAGGAAACCAGAGAGGUAGAGCUCCUAGCUACCACCGCGGUGGACGAGGGACACAAGCUCAGGGUGGCGCGGGGCACCCAUCGAGCAGUGCUCAGCAAAUGAACAAGAGAACGCGCUGGUUUGUUGCCAUCUACGAUUACGAUCCCAAAACUAUGUCGCCAAAUCCGGACGCCUGCGAAGAGGAAUUACCGUUCUCCAAAGGAGACACCAUCAAGGUGUACGGUGAAAAAGACGCAGAUGGAUUCUACUGGGGUGAAUGUCACGGUAGACGAGGAUACGUUCCUCACAAUAUGGUUGAAGAAAUCAAAGAUCAGAAUCAACCUGGGCAAGGUCAACCUGGGAGAAGAGGAAGAUGGGGAGAUAUUUAUGCGAAUAUGCCUGUGAAGAAGAUGAUAGCGCUCUACGAUUACGAUCCCCACGAAUUAUCUCCGAAUGUUGAUUCUCAAGUCGAGUUGGCAUUUCAAACCGGAAACGAGAUCUACGUGUACGGCGAACUGGGCGAGGAUGGAUUCUAUAUGGGUGAACUGAACGGAGUUCGCGGGUUAGUACCGAGUAACUUCCUAACCGAAGCGCGCGAUCAACCGCCCCAAGGGCAACUUCCACCAGGGAGCAGAAGAGCACCUGGUCAAAGUCAAGGACCCGGUGUGAGAGGACCUCCUCCCCCGCCUCGAGAACCUCCUCCACCCGGUCAUCGACGAGGCAAAGAUGCCUGCAUUGUGCCUGUGUCUGUCCCUGUCUGUCACUUAGACUCUAGACAACAACAACAACAACAACAACCAUCACUAAUGAACAACCAACAACAUGAACUCCAACAUCAACAAAACAAUCCACCGCAUCUAGCGUACCAACAAGCGAAUCACCACAGCUACACAACUGUAACCACGUCCAAUCAGCAUGGGCCCACACCCAUGGGUGCCCAUCAACAAGGUCCCGUACCGCCCCACCUUCAACAACAGGGGAAGGGGAGGGGAGGCGUGAUCAAUCGUCGUAGUAAUGUACCAGGAGGAAUGCAGGGUCCUGGACAGCAUAUGCAGCAACAACAGCAAGACUACCAGCAACAGAAUCAACCGUAUCAACAGCAACAGGCUAAUCAACAGAAUCAAAGUUACCAGCAACAGAAUCAAGGAUACCAGCAACAAGGUACUGGAUUCGGACCGCAGGGUCAACAAUUCCAACAGCAACAACCUCAGCAGCCGCAGCAGCAGCAACAGCAACAGCCGCAACAGCAACAGAAUCAACCGUACUCGCAACAGAAUCAAGGUUCCUCGAUGCAGGGUAGUCAGAGUACCAACAAACCGAUGAGAGGAAUACCGACCGUGUUGCCUACGCCACAGGCAAAGACGCAACCGAACGCGACGCAGGGCCAGCAGCAACAGCAACCACAGCAGCAGCAGAGCACAGGGCCGAAUUUGAUGCAAAAGUUCACGGAGAUGGCCGGUGCAAGUGCUGGCGGCGAUAUAUUGUCCAAAGGGAAAGAACUAAUUUUCAUGAAGUUUGGCCUAGGCAAGUGAGCUACCCUCGCUCUCCUCGUGUCGCCAGCUUCUUAUCCGUUUCUCUCCUAUCGCGUUAUCCUGGCUCUUUCGUCUCCUCGCCGAGAGCUUUCUGAAUCAGUAUUACGAUGAACCGUGUAGGCAGGAACGUACGAACGCGUCACCUCCGAUCGAGUCUUCGCGAAUAUCCCUGAACGAUAUACGUAAUCCGCGAAUGUGUGCUACCAUUGCUGCUGCUGCUGUUGUUGCUGGUACGACUGUGUGUUAUUUGAUUCGCAAACAAGGACUGGAUUACCAGUCCUUCGUAUCUUCCUCGAUCGUGAGUCCAUGUGUUUUGCGGAGUAGAAUGGAGAAAAAGGGUGUUAAGAGUUUUUCUAACGAGUGAGAAGUUCGUUAGGGAUCAGGGUGUUAUAAAGAAACAAUCUUCGUUGAACUAGGUUCAAUUCUCUUCUUUCGAUUAUUCAUCGUCUUCUUCUUCUUUUUUUUAUUUCACCUAAUAGAAUGCUUGUCCCGUAACGAAUUAACCCUUGCACUCCGACUUUUCCAGAUAUCGAACGUUAACUCCGAUUACGUUUUAACUACUUUUUGAAAAUUAGUAACCAACGAAUACUGAUAUAGGGGUUGGUGACCUCCCACCAGUCACCUAACUCGGGCCUGUCUAACUGCUCCCACUUUUACCGCUUCAGGCUUCCCCCACCAUCGAGUAGUGUCAGUAGUGGGGCAGCUAGGACUAGGGAUACGCGUCGAAUAUUGGAAGAGUGGGGGGAGCCGAGCGCGAGGUCCGUGGUAGGGGAAGGAGCCACGAGUGGCCCGCGGGUCACGGGUUAGACAGGCCUGGCCUAACUCAUUCGUUAGGCCCUUGCCGUAUACUAAAAGCGACUACCUCGUAUUUCAAUUAGGAGGAUACUUUGUGUUUGGAAGGUACACUUGGGGUGCAAAGAGUUAAGGUACCAAGAUUGAAACAAACACAUUCAGGCAGGCGUUACUUUGUUAUUUAUUCCUUCGCGUCUAUUGAAAUGAAACAAACUGUACCGUGUAAAAUUUGCUUAAAAAAACAGAGAAUUUAUUCAACAGAUGAACUGAUGUUCAUCGUUUUGAUUUGAAUGAAAUAGUGGAUAAAUAGUUGUGAAAUGCAGCCAGUAUCAACGCCUGCUCAGGGACGCGAGUAAUCGAAUAUCAUCUCAUAAUCAGAGCAUUACAAAGAGAAAUCACCUAUCAAUUAGUUCGAUGAGAUAAUCGUUCUUGUUAUAUAGAUAUUUAUUAGCUUGAUAAUAUUUUAUCUAUGUGUAUAAAAAGAAAAAAAAAAAAAGACAGUAAGAAUACGCUUUGUGAUAUGAAAACAGCGAGGUAAGAAUGCUUCGUUGCGUCAUGGAUUUUAUAAGAAACUAAAGAAAAAGAACAGAAACAAGAUCGAAAGAUAAUGAUUCUGUUCGUUUGAAGUGCAAGGAACUUAACAGAGACACAAAGAGAAUGUAAAAUUUUGUACUCCUUAGUUUAGCAAAUUACUCGUUCAGUUCCAAGUUUGAGAAACUUGUAAAAGGCUUCUAAACGCAACGAGAGCUGGUAAUUAUACCACGAGUCUAAAGCUGCACCCUCUGUACACCCUGAAUAGAAAACGAUUAGCGGGUACAUAGUAAAAAUAAUUCUAAUUUCUACUUGUUUUCUCUUUGCAUUUCAAAUUACUUGUCACUUGAGAUUACGUUUCACGAUUGGCAAGGAAGAAAAAUGGAAUAGAUAUAGCGCGACGCGAACGGAUAAUUCGCAAAAGACUACAAAAAAAAAAAAAAAAAAAAAUAAUGGGAAAGUAUAACUCCUCGUCGUACUCGAGCACGAUUACGAAUCAAUAAGAUAUUUUACAAAACAGAUGCUAAACGAGAAAUGAAACUGCAUACUUAAUAUAUGUAAUUGAAGGAUUUAUAUAAUACAGUGACUCGUGGAUCAACGUUGAACUACGGCGUACAUAUAUAUAUAAAUAUAUAAAUAUAUAAAUAAACAAAAGGUGAUGGGACAUGAAUUCGAUUCGAUAAAUGAAACUAACCGGGGUAGGGGACAUAUGGAAGAUCAUAGAAUUACAUAUGUUACGAAAUAAACUGAGAUAUAAAUAUAUACAUAUGCAUAUACAGAUGUAUGUACAUAUAUAUAGAUAUAUGUGUACGUACAUAUAGUACGUGUUUGUAUAGGUAUAUUUAUGUAAACACGUACAUAUACAUAUUAUAUUUAACUAUUGCAAAGUGUUGUUACAUCGCUACUUGUAUCGUAUUUUGUACAAAGUAUCCUUACCUUCAAUUGUUCUUUUUUCUUUCGCCGUGAUAUAAAUAUAUAAAUAUAUAAAUAUAAAUAUAAAUACAAAUAUAAAUAAAAUAAAUAAAUAUAUAUAUAUAUAUAAAGAAUCCUUAGCAAGGCGAAAGGAAACGUGACAAAACUUCAAAGUCAUUUUGCCAGAAUCAUACUUUGGGAAUCAUUACUAAGAAACUCGUCGUAAUUGUUAUUAAAUAUCGCGGAUAUAUCUGUUUAGAACCGACAGUUGCCUCUCGUCCGUUCGUGUUGAUUGAGUGUCGACAGAUGCGGCAACAAGCGGCAAAAAUUGUAUGAUUUAUUAAUUAAUUAAUUAAUUAAGAAAAGGGUGUGAAACGCGCGGCCCUCUUUUAUUUAUUAAAUAAUCCAGUAGAAUUUGUAAUCGCUCAAAGAUCUAGUUUGGGUUUUUAUUUGUAUUUUUUUUUUUUUUUUUUUUUUUUUUACAAUUGUUUCUGUAAACUUAGCGUACGAAAAAUCUCUUAUUGGACCAGGAGUUUGAACCACCCAUCGUAGUACCGUUACCUAAUUUUGCACAUAAUCGUGAAAUUUUGUUCAUUUUAUAGUAUCGAUCACGAUAAAUCGCGUGACGACUUAACGAGCAAGAGUUACAGAGCAAUGUAUACUAUGACUAUGGACCAAACACCUUCUCGAGAGACCAAUUCGGUUAUUGAAAAUGACGAUACGUUUCUCCUGUUUCUGUCGAGACGUUUUAAUACGUUUACUUAUCUAUGCGUCCAUUAUGACUUCUAGAUAAACGAUUUACGUACGUGAGUACGUAUGUACUAGUGAUGUGCGGCCCGACUAGUCGGGUCGGUUCGGAAAACAUCGGGCGGGCUUCGGCGGUCGUCCGAUUCAUCCGUGCAGUCGGGUAGACCGACUAUUUCGGAAAAUUAUCUUAAUAGAAAAUUCCAUAUAAAGCAGAUUUUGCGCAAAGAUUUUCAGAUUUUGAAAGUAUUAACAAGUACAUGAGAGUUGGGUCGCGGACCGAGGCCCGCGAGAGCUCGUUCGAAUCAGGCCGACUGUGCCCGACUGUACCCGACCGAACCCGAAAUAGUCAAGCUACCCGACUGCACGCAUGUAUCGGACGGCCGCCCGAGCCCAGCCGAUUUUUUCCGAGCUCGCCCGAGGCUGUAAUAUCGGAUACCCGCGCAUCCCUAGUACGUAUGUAUCUCCGUUGCUUGAUAAAACUUCUUCGCUUCUUCUUGUUAUUUAUCUUCGUUUCGUUCAUCCGAAUACUAAUUCCUCUACUAAUCUCUACUUGCAAUGAAUUUAUGUAGCGGCUAAAGUUGGUCGUAGGGUAACAGAUAGUGAUGGGUAUUCAAAUGAUCUAUUUCGUAAAUUUUCAAUCGAUUCAUUAAGAAAAUUCUUGAAACUCUUUUAAAUGUAACAACGUGAUAGUAUCGAAAGCCUUAAGAGUCUCGAAAGUUUUUAUAAUAAGACUUUCAAGCCUACCAAAACCCGUGUAAACUUUCAGAAAUCUUUCAUUUCAUACGUGUAAUCAGCCCAUCACUAACGAAUAGAGCUAUGCUUCCUAACUCAGCCGUAGAGAAAAUGUUUCGUUUUAUUAACGAUUGAAAAAUAUAACGACGAUUCGUAUGUUCGUUAUAUACUCGUAAUCUGUAGGAUAUAUAUAUAUAUUUGUAUAAUCAGAUUUUCAAUUCUUUACGAACGAAAGAAUUCCGCUAAAUCCACGAAUUGUAAUGCUUGCUCGUCGUGUUCGAUGAUACGCACGAAAUUGCAAGUUCACAGAAGAAUGCGUCGAUCCUGUCCGACCUGUAUUUCGCGCGAACGUCGAGAACUCGAUAGUUUGCCUGAAUCAAAAACCAUGAAAAAAAAAAAAAAGAAAAAAUGAUAAAAAAGUGACAAAAAUAAUCUGCCCGAACGAAUAAAUAAUAUGCGCUUUCGAUACGAUUCUUUCGACGAUGUUUACCAAACGAUUGAUUCAUCCAUUGGACGUAAAAAUGUAGGGUCGCGUGUAGUUAUCUAUCAGCAGCAGAGAUUCGUGAAAUCGACUUUUAACGAAUUCAAAAAAAAAAAGAGAAAAAAAAAAUAAUGAAAAUGGUAUUAUGAAUUCGAUACUGUGCGAACGUUAUAUAUAUAUAUAUAUAUAUUAUAUAUUAUAGUACAAUAUUACUAGGAUAUCUAUAAUCUUCCAUUGAUGGUUUUUUCGACAAUUCUACAAUGCAAACGAAAGACGAAUCGUUCUAGCCCUGCUGACUGUAAACGUUCCAAUGGAUCAACUUGUUCCCCCCUCGAUUUUCGCCCCGAAUGAUCCAGGGGUGCUUUGACUCACGGAUAAAUGUCGAAAUUCCUACGAACCUUUGCUGUUAAAACAUAUCUAAUAGGAAACAUUGAUUCAGGCGAUUAAAGGGAAAAGAAUUAAAAAAGAAAAAAGAAAAAACAGAAAAAAAAAGAAAAAAGACUGACGUGACAUUUAAGAUCUACAUGUAUACUUAACACGUUCGCUACCGAUAAUCUGAUCGAGCUCGAUCGACGAGGGAUUAAUCGAUACGGUGAGAAAUUGAAAAUCGAUGAAAACAGAGGGAGGACGAAUUUUGAUUGAAUCUGACAAAAAUCGAGAGCACCGUUCAGAUGGUAGCGCGCGUGUUAAACCGAUAUAUUACUUAGAGGAUCUGUAAUCGUUCAUCUUUCAUCUCUUAAACGUUUUCGUUUCCUUUUCUUCUCUUUCACCGUUGUUUCAUUAGCGAUUGCAACAAAGCACGUAGUGAAACGGGUUGAAAGCAAUUCGUAAACGGGACGUACACGAGGAGGGAAAGAAAGAAAGAAAGAUAUCAGGAAUCACUGUAAAACGUAGCUGCAUUGAUUAUGUACAGGGUGUUACAAGAACAGAUGUAACCUGAGAAUUCCUGCUGGCAAAGGAAAUCGAUGAAGUUUAAGAUCGCAGAAUGGAUUACCUUUGUCAGAAGGAAUUAACAAUUACAGCAGGCCUGUCUAAUUAGCAAAAGAGCCACUGCUCCCACUCUUACCGCUUCAGACUUCCCCCACCAUCCAGUAGUGUCAGUAGUGGGGCAAAUAUUGGAAGAGUCGGGAAACCAACUGGAGGAGUGGGGGAAACCGAGCGCGAGUUGCGUAGUGGGGGAAGCCGAGCGCGAGUUGCGUAGUGGGGAAAGCCGAACGCGAGCUGUGUGGUGGGGGAAGGAGCUACGAGUGGCUCGCGGACCGCAGGUUAGACAGGUGUGGCAUACCUGCUCCGUAAUAAGCAACUGUUUGGUCCCGAACGCGUUGCUUAUUCCGAGGCAAUACUGUAAGUACCCUUUUCACCGAGAGCAUCUUUUUUUAGAAACAUCCUGUACAAAAGAAAGAGAAACACGUUGGAAAAGUAAGAACUUUCAUCUAUUAUCGUUAGAUGUUAGAUGUAUCGUAAGAAAAACGCAAGUAGUCUUAAUGGAAAAGCAAACAAAAGUAAAGGCGAGAGAGUAAAAGAAAAAAAAAAAUAAGAAUCAUCUACAAGUGUGUCUCGCAACGUCGAAAACUUAAUUUCUGUCUCUUCUCCUUGCGAUCAGACCAAAAAUCUUCUUAGGAGAUAAUAAUUUAAACAACAGGAACAAUAAACUGACGCAAUGCAACGGUCGAACAAUGAUUAAGAGCUAACGGAUAAAAUAUUUAGAAUCAAAUGUUUUUAUUUAAACGUUCACCGAGAGCGAAGAUACGGCAAAAUAAUAAUUGUAUAAAAAACCGUGGCGAUCAAAGCAAGCGCAGACUGAACGUAAAUUAAACGCCGUAAGAAAUUCAAACGAAACUAUGAUCGACGUAUAAGGAAACCAAAAAUAAAAAAAGUGUAAAAGGGGAAAAAACAAGAGAAAAUGAAAUUCUCUUUGAAUAUCCGGAGAUCAUUUCGUUCGUCGUCGACGCUCAUUUUUGUGUAGGUAUCUCACUUGUAUAUUGUCAUUAAUUAUAAAUUUAGUCGUUGAAUGGAUUCGUAUAAAAAAAACUAAAAAAAAAAAUCUUUUGAUACC